AUGGCUGCCGUGAGGCGCUACCGCAGAUUUGGGAAGCUGACCUCCUUUCAGCGCAUGAUGCGAAGCUCCAAGAUUAGCCGCCUCCCAGCUCCCAAAUCUUCCCAGGAAUCGGGGGGACUCGUCGAAAUGACGGAGUCGCAAAACAAUUCCCGAGUUCAAUCUGCCAUCCAGACCUACGGGAAAUCCUCAAUUCAGGGCCUCAAGCGCGAGACGCCCCAGCCAGCAACUCAGUCAGAAGCAAAACGAAAACAGUUGGCAGAGCGGGUUGGGGAAUAUCCGCGCAAGACUGGGCUCACUGGGCCUGCAGCGGGGACCCGAUCGAACGUACAGGGUAUCGCGCUGGUUGCGGCGUCUGACUCGUCCUCAACAGACGAACCGCAAUCUCCUCUGGGCAUUCUGCAGCUCUUGCGGAAUGUCCAGCGGAGGCUAGCAUUGCAUGAUGAAGACCACAGUCCUCGGGUCAGCCUCUACAUCGAGGCUGCAAUUCGCAACUGCCUCAUGACCCAGCACCACAAUCACAGAACAGUACUGCCGCCUUUCCCCAGAUCACAAUACCUUGCGUCCACUUUGCACUUCUUGCGUCAUUCGCCCGCUACGCGUUUACUGACCCCUCCACAGCUUAAGCCGCCAACAACGUACCAACCAUCCCGACAAGCAUCCAGUACAUCCAGCACAUCCACAUCGUCGACCAAUAGCUUCAGCAAGAGCAUCGGUCCUCCUCGCAGUAACACUCUCGAUCGUCCGAAGACGUCCCGCAACAAUGCCCGCCCCAUUCACACCCGAUCCAAGAGCCAGGCCGCCACAAGACCCCGCACCGCACAUGGGCUAUAUGAAGAGGAAAGGCAUGAGCCACCUUCCAAGACUCAGACUUUCGACGUGGAUGGCCGAGUAGGCGACAUGGAGAAUCAGUUCAAGGAGCUGAAGGACAUGGUCAACAACACCCUCAACGAGAGGAAAGGCCAUGUUGACGCCCUUGAACUGGCUAAAGGCAGAGUAACCGAACUUGAACGUGAAAGAGAGAGGCUUGAAAGCCGAAAUGAGCGUCUUAGAACCGAAGUUGAUGGCGCCAAGGAUGACCUUCGCCAUCUCCAUCACGAUUUAGAGAGACAGAAAUGGGAAUCAAAUCGCCAGAUCGAGGACUUAAACCGACAACACCGAGAAACCGUCGAGGAUCUCUCCCGCCAGCAUCGCAGUGCCGUCGACGAUCUCAGCCGAGAGCUUGAUUAUCUCAAAGACCAGGAAUCCAAGGAGCACCAACAACGAAUAGAAGGACUUACCCGCCACUACCAACAGGAGCUCGAUGAUGAGCGCCAAAAGAAGGAGCGCGAGAUUAAAGAUCUGCGGCUACGUAUGGGCAAUGAUCAUGACGACAUGAACAGCACCAUGCAGCGCAAAGACAGAGAGAUGCAAGAAAUGCGUUCUGCAAUGGAGGGUUUGCGGUCUGAUCUAGAGCGUGAAAGGACUCUCAAGAGCAGCUUGCAAACAAAUAUCGCAGAGUUGUCCGCAUCGAAUACAACUCUAGAGGCCAAGAUCAACUCACUUCGCUCGCAAGUCGAGUUUCUCGAGUCAGACAGCAAGGCACAGUCUGAUUCAUUUGCCAAUAUGGAGGCUCGCCUUCAAGAAGCCAUGCGCAUUGCCGAGGAAGCUCGACAAAAACUCAUCAAGGAGGAGACGGAGAGACGUGUGCUUUUCAACAAGUAUCAAGAGCUCAAGGGAAACAUCCGAGUCAUGUGCAGAGUUCGACCUAUUCUGCAUCGGUCAGAAGGAGAGCAGGCCGGGAUGUCCUUCCCUGAUGAAAAGACCUCUGCUGAAAUCGUUCUGGCCGGGCCAGAGGAGAAGAGCAGCCUCGGGCACAUCACGCGAAAGAACUAUCCCUUUGAGUUUGACCGUGUAUUCGUCCCCGGCACGCAGAACGAAGAGGUCUUUGGAGAAAUCUCCCAGGUUGUACAGAGCGCCUUGGACGGGUACAAUGUAUGUAUCUUUUGUUACGGUCAGACCGGAUCAGGAAAGACGCACACCAUGUCAUCGAGCGAUGGCAUGAUUCCCAAGGCCACGCACAUGAUUUACGAUACAAUCACCAAGCUCGGGGAGAAAUCAUGGGAAUACAGCAUGGAGGGUUCAUUCGUGGAGGUUUACAACGAAGAACUGAACGACCUUCUCACUCCCAACGAUCCCCACCAUAAAUCCAAGAAGUUGGAAAUCCGGCACGAUGACGCCCGCAAGCAGACAACCAUCCUCAACUGCAAGUCGGUGCCUCUGAUUUCUGCAUCCAGUGUUGAGACGAUGCUCCAGGAAGCGCAAAAGAAUCGUUCGGUGGCAGCCACCAAGGCCAAUGAGCGAUCAUCACGGUCUCAUAGCAUAUUCAUUCUGAAGCUCAUUGGCGAGAACUAUGCCACCGGCGAGCGCUGCGAAGGUACCCUGAACUUGGUUGAUUUGGCCGGUUCAGAGCGACUGAAGCACUCACAGGCCGAGGGUGAUCGAAAGAGAGAAACUCAGAACAUCAACAAGAGUUUGAGCUGUUUAGGCGAUGUCAUCGAAGCCCUUGGCAAGGGGUCCGGGCACAUCCCUUACCGAAACUCCAAGUUGACGCAUCUUCUACAAUACAGUCUGGGAGGGAACAGCAAGACGCUCAUGUUCGUAAUGGUCUCCCCUCUAGAGACUCAUUUGAAGGAAACCUUGACUAGUUUGAGGUUCGCAACAAAGGUCCAUAAUACCCAUAUUGGUACCGCAAAAGCGACGAAAAAGAUAAAGGCCAGCGACUAUUAG